AUGGACGUAGUGGCCGCUCUCAUUGCCAAAAUCAAACUCAGAUACUCAACAGAUUGCGAACCCGAAGUAACUGACGACGGAGAGAAGGCGUUCGAUCGAGAUGAUUUGGGCGACUACGUCGUGUCGAUGAUCAGCGCGGUCGUCACGCGUGGUCAAGACGAGAUUUUGGAAGGGCAGCCCUGCUGUUAUAUGCCCACCACUAUAGAGACUAUAGAGACGCUUGUUUUACAGAAUAUAAUAACGCCUGUAUGUAGGCGUCUUAUCUUAGAUAUUUUGCUUAUGCGCGACAAGACUAUAGUAUCGGUCCUGUCAGCAAUUUAG